AUGCCGGCCACCUCCAAGCCGCACGUCGUGUGCCUCGGCGAGCCCAGGUUCGUGGGCGCCGACUACCUCGCCGACUUCACUCAGGACUUUGACUUUUCCGUCCUCGACGCGACCACCCACGACGAGACCAAGGCCAGACUGCCGGAGCUCAUCGCCAAGAAGGGCCCCGUGGACGCCUUUGUCAUCCGCAUGGGCACCCCGCCCUACGAGCCCUUCUCAGAAGAACUGCUCGCACCUCUACUGCCGUCCUGCAAGAUCAUCACCUCCGCGUCAGCCGGGUUCAACGAAUUCCCCGUAGAGUGGCUCGGCGGCAAGGGCAUCGUCUUCACCAACACGGUCGACGCGGUGGCCGAGGCGACCGCCGACAUGGCCAUGUUCCUCACCAUUGCGACCCUGAGGAACACCUCGGCCGCGGAGCGCAGCGUCCGCGCGGGCACGUGGAAGGCCGCGCCGGGGCUCGUGCCCGCGCGUGACCCGUCCGGUCUGACGCUGGGCAUUGUCGGCAUGGGCGCGAUCGGCAAGUACCUCGCCAAGAAAGCGCUCGCCUUCAACAUGAAAAUCAAGUACUACAACCGGCGCCAGCUCUCCCCCGAUCUCGAGUCGAGAUACAGCGCCACAUACUGUGCCUCGCUCCACGAACUCCUCUCCUCGUCCGACGUCGUCUCCAUCAACUGCCCCCUCAAUGCCGAGACGACGGGCAUGAUCAGCACGGCCGAGUUCGCCGCCAUGAAGGACGGCGUCUUCUUCGUCAACACGGCGCGCGGGGCCGUCGUCGACGAGGCCGCGCUCCAGCACGCGCUCGACUCUGGAAAAGUGUGCCGCGCGGGGCUGGACGUGCUGUGCGACGAGCCGAAUGUGGACAAGUGGUUCCUGGACGAGGCGCAGCGGGACAAGGUCGUCCUGCAGCCGCACCUGGGCGGACUGACGGACAUGGCGUUCCAGAGGGCCGAGAGGGAGUGCUUUGAGAACAUCAAGGCGUUUUUUGCGAAGGGGGAGGCGAACAGCCCGGUGAAUCUGCAGUAUUUCAAGAAAUAG